CCGGCACGGAGCAGGCACCCCGGGCCCGGGCGCUCCUCGCACCGGGGCGGAGCGCGGCGGCGGCUUCCGGCGGCCCCAGACAGGUUGCGAAAGACCGAGGCUUGGCCGAGCCGUCCCGGGCUCGCCCUUCCCUCCUAGGGCGCUCCUGGCACCGGCGACAUGGAGCCGCCGUGGGGACGCGCCACCCGCCUGGCCCUCGGCCUGACGCUGCUCUGCUCUGCGCUGGAAGCCGCUCCGGGGCCCCGCUCCGCUGUCGGGCAGUUCUGGCAUAUAUCUGACCUGCAUUUAGAUCCAACUUACCACAUCACUCCUGAUCACACCAAAGUUUGUUCUUCUUCCAAAGGAGCCAAUGCCUCUAACCCAGGCCCUUUUGGAGACUUUUUAUGUGAUUCUCCUUAUGAACUUAUUUUGUCAGCAUUUACAUUCAUGAAGGAUUCAAAACAGCAGGCUUCAUUCAUGAUUUGGACAGGAGAUAGCCCUCCUCAUGUUCCAGUGGAAGAACUCUCCACAAAGUUGGUCAUUAAUAUCAUUGGCAAUAUGAGUUCUACAAUUCAUAGUUUCUUUCCAGAUCUUCAGGUUUUUCCAGCCUUGGGAAAUCAUGAUUACUGGCCACAGGAUCAGCUUCCUGUAACCACCAGUGACGUUUACAACGCGGUAGCAGAUUUCUGGAAGCCUUGGCUAACUGAUGAAGCCAUCAGUACCUUCAGAAAAGGUGGCUUCUACACACAACUGUUUGAAUCGAGUGUGAGCUCUCAACCACUCAGGAUAAUCAGUUUGAACACAAAUUUGUAUUACAGCCCAAACCAUGUGACUGUGAAUAUCACAGACCCAGCCAACCAGUUGGCCUGGCUGGAGGGAAUACUAGAAGCUUCUUCACAAAAUAAAGAAAAGGUAUUUGUAAUAGGACAUGUACCAAUAGGAUACUUGCCAUUUGCAAGGAAUACUACAGCUAUCAGAGAAUAUUACAAUGAGAGACUGGUAAAGAUUUUUCGCAAAUACAGUAGUGUUAUUGCUGGGCAAUUUUUUGGACACACACAUAGAGAUAGUAUCAUGGUCCUCCUGGAUGAAGAAGAAAAGCCAGUAAAUUCCUUGUUUGUGGCACCUGCUGUAACCCCAGUGAAGAACGUAUGGCAAAUGGAGUCCAAUAACCCAGGUGUCAGAUUGUAUCAAUAUGAUCUCCUUAAUUAUAGCUUGCUGGAUCUUUGGCAGUUUUACUUGGACCUCAGAGAUGCCAACAAGAAAAAUGAAUCGAACUGGAAAUUAGAAUACAUCUUGACUAAAGCUUAUGGCAUUGAAGACUUGAAGCCAGAAAGUUUAUAUGAAAUGGCCAAGAGGUUGUCUGUGCCACAUAGCACAUUGUUUGAGCUGUACUACAAUAACUUCAUUGUGAGUUAUAACAAAACCAUUGUCUGUGAAGAGGGAUGCAAGACCUGCCAAAUAUGUGCAAUCCAAUAUCUGGAUUAUUCCUCAUACACAGAUUGUAUCAAUCAGGAAGAAGCAUGGAGAUGAAGUCUCCAAUGCGAUUCAUGCUAAUAUUAACCGGAGCCUUUGAUUUAAAGAACCUGCUCAUCCUCUCAUUCAAGCUCUGAUGCACUGGCAGCGAACCUGUGGGACUUCUCUGAGUUUCAGGGGAGUAAUAAAUCUCCCUAGAUCAUUCUUCUUGAAUCAUGUUUUCCUUCCAUAUCUAAAUGAAAGUUUAUUGGCUGUGUAACCAUGGGCAGAUAUUUGGCUGUUGUUUCAAGUGUCUUGCGCCUCCUGUAAGAGGCAUCAGAAUAUGUGGGAAUAGAAGUUACUCAGUUUUUUGGAAAUCCAAGCCUUUUAUUAGGGUUUAUACUUGUAGGCAAUGCCAUUUCAGGCAUGGGAUUCAUAUGGGGGCAGAUUUCAGUCAUCUGCUGUAGAUACUUUCAAAGCAAAAUUUGCAAAACCUGUGCUUGCUGAGGCUGGAGUGCAGUUACCUUGUUGAUAUGAUGCCAGUAUUAGGCAUCUUCCUGUCCCUGUGCCAAGUUUCCUUUUCUCUCUUAAUCCCUUAAAUCCAGCUCUGUUUAGAGGCAUAUUCUAAUGACAGCAUCAGUGUGACUUAAUGGAUCACAAAACUCCAAACUGAAAAUGCUUAGUGCAAUUUCAGAAUAAGUGUCCAGCACCAAGUGCCUCUUUCUUAUAAUAGGGCUAUGUGUAUCAGUACUGCUCUCAAGCAGUCAGCUGGCAUAAGAUUUUGCAGCAUACUGUGAAUCAGGUUUAAAUUGAUCAACAACAGUCAUUAGAGCAUGUACAUACAAUGUGCAGUACAUGUAAACACAUACUUGUCAUGAUUUUUUGGGGGGUUUCUCAGGUUUCUCUUUUUUCAAAGAGCACUCUAAUUCUUAAUGCGAAGUUUAUCAUAUAUAUCAAUUUACAAGUGCAUAGACCAUUUAUUGUGAUUGUGUGUGCAAGAUGAUAAUAUUAAAGAUGACAGUUUUUCUAGAGUAUGUAACCAAGAAUAGUGAGUUAACAGGAAUUUUCUGCAGACUGGUAUGAGGAAGUACAGAAAAAUUUCAGUGGUAAAAAAUGAUGAUUCCCUCUAUGCUGAAUAUGUUUCUUGGUUGAGUUUAUCAUGUUUUUUUUUGUUGUUAAAAAAUGCCUGUUACCAGUGUCUCUUCUCCGAGGGCAAGCAAAGUUAUGGGUGGAUAGCAUGCAGACAAUAAUGGGACUGCUGAGGUUGCUCCAGUUUGUCAGAUGGGUUUUUUUCAAUUCAGUUUUGUGCUUUGGGCAACUGUCUCUUUCACUGUUCUGUUUUUUUUUUGUUUGUUUGUUUGUUUGUUUGUUUUUUUCCUUCUGACUUCUGUUUAAACUUAAUACUACAAAAAAAAAAAAAAAAAAAAAAAAGCAAGCCUCUCCCUUCCCCCCCAAACCCCCAACAAACUACAAACCACCUGGAAAUGUGCAAUAAAAAUUACCUAGUUAUAUCCUUCUGUUGCUGUUUCUUAGGAAAACAGAAUUAUGUAGCAGAUUAGUAGCUACGGAGCUCUUGGAUGCUGUUGAUGAUCUGUUUGGAUUCUUGCUUUCUAGGUUUUUUUUGUGUGUGAGGGUGCACGUCAACAGUUACUAUUUAGCGAGCAUGAACAAAUAAAUGUCUGCAAAUGUCUCAA